UCAUGUCAAUAACUGUUUCAACUUGUUAGCAGAUUUGUGGAUCACCACUCAAUCAUAGUACUGCUAAAAACUUAUGGACAUUUUCUAAAUCAGAUAGAUUUGGCAGUCUUGCAAAUCCUGUUAAGUAUUAAAUAUGAAUUUAAAAUUAGUUGUGGAAAGGCUUUCUAUGAUUUACCAACAUAAAUUGAAAAAAGAUCAGCUGGUAUUGGAAAAGGAACUAAGUAUAGAUAUUAAAAUAUAUAUAUAUAAGAACUGACUUUACUAAAGUUGCUUUUACAACUCCAUCUCCAUAAUAAUAUAAUAUUACAAGUGAUGUUGAGAUUAAUCAAAAGAAAGCAAAAGGAAAUAAAUUUGGUAUGAGUAGAGAAAAAAUGGCAAGCACUGGUAUUCUAGGAAAUUUGAAUUCAAAGACUCCUGGUAAAAAUAAUCAAUAUUAUUAAAGCUCCUGGAACUUAUGAUUUAGGUUCAACUUUAAGUGACAUUCGUUAUACAAUGAGAUAAAGACCUAAAACUAAUUUUAUGGUUUUAACUGGAAAAGAAAUCCCAGGACCAGGAACUUAUGAAUCAUUACCAGCUGUUAAUCCAGUUGGUAAAUAUCCAAUAUCAAAAUACAAUAAUUCUUGUGCUACUUUGUUUAAUCCAAAAAAUUCUAAAAGAUUUGUUAAAGAUUUUUGUAAAACAUCCAAUAAUUUAUUAAAAUAGCUACAAACUUAUAUGCUCCUGGACCUGGUACAUAUCCUGUAGAUAAAACAGGAAUUCAAAAAGAUGGACAUUAUUUUAUUUCUAAAUUUCAUUCUUCAAAUGUUAGAAGUUUUCCAAAAGAAUCAAGAAGAACAGGAUCUGUUGGUAAAGGUACUGUUCUUAUUAUGAAUGUUUGCAUCAGCUGGAACACCUGCUCCAGGAAGUUAUAGGUUGCCAUCCGAAUUUGGGUAUUACGAAUCAAGAAACAAAGCUAAUAGAAGUGCAGGAGACAUGGGAGAAAAUAAACCUCAAUAAUGA